UUUUUGCCUUUAGAGCGACAGUGGUGCUGCUGCUGAGCCUUAGCACAGUGUGUGUGUGUGUAGAUGGUGGACUGUUCCCGGUGAAAAAACAGCGACCCCCGGCCGCAUUAAAAUGCCUCAUCGCCGCGUAUAAACGGGCGAAACUCCGCGGAGGGGAGCGAGUCAGGUCUCCAGGAAGGUUUAGAGGAAAAUAAAGGCAGGAUGUUGCAAGUUUUAGCUUGUGGCGCCGUAGUUUUUCCCGGUCUCUUUUUCGCAUUCAGGAGAAUCCUGCCUUGUGUGUUCAAACACUGGAACGAUGCCGACGUGGUGCUGGUCAGCGAGAGGCUGGUGUCCUCCAUCCAUGCCAUCAUGGCAACUACGGCAGGAGCCAUCGUUGUGUCAUCAUGCCGGGACAGCGUCGUUAACGACAGGCACUGGCUGGCCACCUACUUUGUCAUCUGGUACGGUGGGCCGUACAUGACAUACGACAUCAUCGCCAUGUACCUAAGUCACUUCCACCGCUUCCGCGUCAAAGGGCACGAGGACUACAAGCAGCAUUCACUGAGGACCAUAAACUCCUUCAUCCGCAGAGAGUUCCUGCUGGUGUUGCAUCACAUCGCCCUGCUCACAAUCCUGCUGCCUGUCACUCUGUUCUUCAGAAGGGACCAGGGGGAUUUCUUCAUCGGCUGCUUGUUUUUAACAGAGCUCAGCACACCCUUUGUCUCCCUGGGGAAGAUACUUAUUCAGCUCAGCCUCCAGAACUGCUGGCUGCACAAGGCCAAUGGCGGUAUGGUACUGCUCACCUUCUUCAUGUGCCGCAUCGCCCUCUUCCCCUACAUGUACUGGGUGUACGGCCGCCACUACGGCAUCCCGCUCUACAGCGUGCCCUUCCACCUGCCGCUGUCCACCAACCUGGGCAACUUGUGCAUCCUGGCGCCGCAGGUCUACUGGUUCGUCCUUCUUUGCAGAAAGGGCUUUCGUCUGUACCAGCGUAGCCGUAUGCCAGACUCGUCUCCGGCGACCCCUGUCACUGACAAUCCCAAGGAUGAUUGAUAUCCAUUUCACAAUUGCUCGCUCAAGCCGCACACUCAGCUACUAACGCAACUACUUCUGCAAAGGCACUAGUUUGACUUAACACAUUUCAAAUCCCACCAUUGAACUGUAGUACACCAGGACUGCCUGCUCUUGUCCCACAACCCCUGGGCAUUUUCCGCACACUUUAAAUCCUCUGUUUCAAAAUCUGCUGCCUGUGUGGACCUGUCCACCAAUCCAGCUCAACUACUGAAGUUUGAUGAUUUCCUUUUUUUUUUUUUUUUUUUUUUUUAUGUCUUUUUUUUUUUUUUUUGUCUUUUGGGAAUUUGGCUCUUGCCUGGAUCCUUCUGAAGUGCUACACUGCUUCUGUCAACAUUUACAACACUGAAGAAAGGUCGUGUUUGCUUCACUGCGGGUAAACUAUGGAGUGAAAGAGCUCCCAUAGAGAGACAUUAUCUUAUCGCCUACUCCUACCGUGUUUACAGCCUCUGCUGAUUUGGAUGGUCUGUUACAGUGUAUGUGUGAGUGGUUGUUACGACAGGUUGUAUUUAUUUUAAUGAUUUUACUGCACUGUGUCGGAUAGUUGCGCUUCCUCUCCCAUCGAUUCACUCAUCACACUGACGAGAAGAAUUAGGAAAAGUGGUGGGUGGGUUGCAAGUUCAGGCAGUAUUAGGAAUAAUUGUGAAGAAUACAUGUCACCUCAUUUGCAUUUGAGAGCUUAAAACAGCUAAAUUUGUUACCACCCAGUUAAUGUGACGCCCCCGUCCUGUUCAUUUUGUUCAUAGUUUCCAUACAGCAUGUUACCGGUUGUUUUCUCCUGUUAAGUCACUGAGAUCUGUUUGUUAGGCUACAGAGAAGGGGG